AGUUACCGUGAACACAACAUCUGACCUACAAACAAUACCCCGGAAGUAAUCGUGCUGAAUUGUUGUUGUAGAUCGGCGGCUGUAACGCGCCUGCGUGAGUUAGUGAGCUGUGUUGAGGUUGUUGUGUAGUGAAGCAGUGUGUUAAUUACACUAACACGGUCACUGCUGGACCUUUAUGUGUGUGUACAGAACAUUAGUGUGUAAUUAACCCGUCAUUAACGGGUGAGGUGUCUGUAACACGCCCAUGCCGGAAAUCUGCCUGUAUGUUGACGUUAAGGUGACGUGGAUACAACAGGACGUGUUGGUGAAGUAAACCGACCUGUUUGUGUCACAGUGCUGGUUGUGUACAGACUCACAUCUGUGUUCGGGUCGGACUCAACAUACAGGGACCACAUCAGCUGUGGCCUGAGCUCGGAACAGGACGGGGUCGGUUCUGUACGGCUGUCUCGGUUCGGUUCUGUACUGCUGUCUCGGUUCUGUACUGCUGUCUCGGUUUUGUACUGCUGUCUCGGUUCGGUUCUGUACUGCUGUCUCGGUUCUGUACUGCUGUCUCGGUUCUGUACUGCUGUCUCGGUUCUGUACUGCUGUCUCGCUUCGGUUCUGUACUGCUGUCUCAGUUUUGUACGGCUGUCUCGGUUCUGUACUGCUGUCUCGGUUCGGUUCUGUACUGCUGUCUCGGUUCUGUACUGCUGCCUCGGUUCUGUACGGCUGUCUCGGUUCGGUUCUGUACUGCUGUCUCGGUUCUGUACUGCUGUCUCGGUUCGGUUCUGUACUGCUGUCAUCGGGAACAGGGACAAUGACGACGAGUCUUCGCUGGUCCGUGGGCUUUCGGCUGCUUCUCCUGUGCCUGUUUCCACAAGUCGCCUGGGCAGCUGCUUACAAGGAAGGCGAUCCUGUCGUACUUUACGUGAAUAAAGUGGGGCCUUAUCAUAACCCCCAGGAAACCUACCAUUAUUAUACUCUCCCUGUCUGCAGACCCAAAGAGGUGCGUCAUAAAGCCUUAAGUCUGGGAGAGGUUCUGGAUGGUGACAGAAUGGCCGAGUCUUUAUACAACAUUCACUUCAGGGAGAACAUAGAAAAGCAGACACUAUGUCAGCUCACACUGACGGAGAAAGAGGUGGAUCAGUUGAGAGAAGCAAUCGAAGAGCUGUAUUACUUUGAGUUUGUCCUGGAUGAUGUUCCUAUCUGGGGCUUUGUGGGAUAUAUGGAGGAGAGUGGAUUCCUGCCGCACACACACAAGGUCGGCUUGUGGACGCACUUGGACUUCAAUAUCGAGUAUAAUGGCAACUCUGUGAUUUUUGCCAACGUGUCUGUAAAAGACGUGAAGCCGGUGCCUUUGGACGACGGAGGAGGUGACGGGGCAAAUGUCAAUAACGGAGGUCUCGUAGUUACUCACACCUACAGCGUGCACUGGUUCGAGAGCCUUCUGCCCCACGCGCGCAGAGCCGAACGUCUCCGAGACUACUCCUUUUUUCCAAAGACUCUGGAGAUCCACUGGCUGUCGAUCAUCAACUCAUUGGUGCUGGUGGUGCUGCUGCUAGGCUUUGUCAUCAUCAUCCUCAUGAGGGUGUUGAAGAAUGACUUUGCCAGAUAUAACGUCGAGGAAGACGGGACCUGUGACGAUCUGGACCAGGGCGAUAACGGCUGGAAGAUCAUUCACACCGAUGUCUUUCGUUUCCCACCAUAUAAAAGCUUGCUGUGUGCGGUGCUCGGUGUAGGAGCUCAGUUCCUCACGUUGGCCACCGGAAUCAUCAUCAUGGCACUGCUGGGGAUGUUUAAUGUGCAUCGCCAUGGAGCCAUAAACUCUGCUGCCAUCGUACUGUAUGCGCUGACUAGCUGUGUGUCAGGAUACUGCUCAUGUAGCUUCUACACCCAGAUCCACGGCCAUCGCUGGGUUUGGAACAUCAUCCUCACCUCCACCCUCUUCUCUGCCCCACUCUUUCUGACCUGGAGCAUAGUAAACACUGUACACUGGUGGAGCGGCUCCACACAGGCACUUCCUGCAUCUACGGUGCUCCUGUUACUAGGUGCUUGGGUGCUUGUGGGUUUUCCUCUUACAGUCAUCGGGGGGAUUGUGGGUAAGAACCGUGCUGGCAGUUUUCAGGCUCCGUGUCGCACACGUAACAUUCCGCGGCAGAUCCCGGGGCAGCCGUGGUACAAACACACCGCUGUGCACAUGGCCAUCGGAGGGUUCCUGCCUUUCAGUGCCAUAUCAGUGGAGCUUUACUACAUCUUUGCGACAGUGUGGGGUCGGGAGCAGUACACGCUUUACGGCAUCCUGCUGUGUGUCUUUGCGAUCCUGCUGUCUGUUGGAGCCUGCAUCUCUGUGGCUCUCACCUACUUCCUGCUUUCAGGUGAAGAUUAUCGCUGGUGGUGGCGAAGCGUCCUGAGCACCGGCUCCACCGGCAUCUUCAUCUUCGUCUACUCCCUUUUUUACUAUUGGAAUCGGUCGAGCAUGAGCGGCCUGGUGCAGAGCAUGGAGUUCUUCGGCUAUUCCUUACUGACCGCAUUCGUGUUCUCGCUCAUGCUGGGGACCGUUUCCUUCUGGGCCUCUCUGGCGUUUAUCCGUUACAUCUACUGCAGCCUGAAGAUGGACUGAAGAUCGUUUCGUUUCUGGACACGAGAUCAAACUGGAGGGUAGUUUAUUUUUCAGAACAUGGAUUAUAAACUGUUUAAAACUUUUGAGACGUUCUCAAAGAGAGACUGAUGCUUAAAAAUCCUAAGAUGCAUUUAAAUGGUAUGAUCAGUAAAUAUUUGCUUUACAAUAUUUGUAUUGGAGUGACAUUGAAAGCGGAGCAGAAAACUGCUGCAUGUUCGUUUAUUACAACAAAACGUUUACUGAAGAUGAAUCUUGGCUCCUUUAGUCACGGCGUUCGGUUCGUCCAGUGCACAGAACUAGUACAUAUGGGUUUAAUGUAGAGCUUUGGGAUAUAUAACGUGUUUCAUAGGUAAAGUUUAUUAAUGUGUGAACAGAGACGUUUAGAAAGGGACAAUAAAGCAUUAAAGGCUCGUGUGAUGUGUACGGCGCUGACGUGAAUAUUUAUUAAGGGAAACGUUUUAGAGAGAUUUAUGAUGUGGAAACAAUCAGACCAACUAACAAAAGUACAAAGAAAAGAGACUAUUCAUGCUAUAUGACGUAUUAUAGCAGUAUUAAUAAGCGUCAGUAAGUCUUCAGAACAGAAUCUCUAGUUUAUCUCUCGUGUCUUUGGUGUGAAACAGGACAAAAGUGGGAGCAAAAUGUUCUAUAGUCACCAUUUACUGUGAUCUCAGACCUUCAUAUACAAACUUUUCAAUAAAAGCUACUUUUUUCCUACAGAAAAA